ACUUGUGACUUGCAAAGCAAUGACUUGGUCCCACCUCUGAUAUAUAUAUAUAUUUAUUUUAUUUGAGGACUUUCCGCAGGCCGGAUUUUGGACGCUGGCGGGCCGGAUCCGUUUGUUUGUAGUUUGGGGACCUCUGGUAUAGAAGAUCAAACAAUAACGACUCCACACGCUAUAUACUCCUGUACAGUAAGUGGCGGUAUGCACCUUCUGAGUUAGGGCUGCAACCCACCAGUAAACUAGAAGAAGAAGAAGAAAGGAGCUUUGUUUUGAAAAGGCGAGCCGAGUCUUAGAUGCUGACAACGGGAUGGAUAACCAGACAAACCUCGCUGUUUCUUCUCGAACGGAGAAAAAAGCUUUAGAAAAAGCGAAGAUACUCCAACGAGAAAGUGACAGGGAAGUCUUUCUACUGGUGGGUCGCAUUCUGAAGAAAACGGAGGCUGAAAGAUCGGAGGAGGAAGCUUCUGUUCUUCUUUUGCACAGAAACCUUGUAGACGAACUUAUUAAAAGACAAACGCGCAGAAAUGAACUCAAGAGAAAACAAGAGGAGGUGUUUGAUGAUGCAGAUGAGCUGAAGAGGAAGGUGAGGCAGCUGGCGGUGGCCGUCCAACAGGCAAAACAUUUGGUUGUUUACACGGGUGCUGGAAUCAGUACAGCAGCAUCCAUCCCUGACUACCGAGGUCCUAAUGGUGUUUGGACUCAACUGCAGAAGGGUCGUGUUUUCAGCUCUUCAGACCUGAGUAAAGCAGAACCCACGCUCACGCACAUGUGUAUAAAGAUGCUCUAUCAAGACAUGCUAGUGAAGCAUGUUGUGUCACAAAACUGUGAUGGUCUUCAUCUACGUAGUGGUCUUCCCAGGCAUGCGCUGUCUGAGCUUCAUGGAAACAUGUUCGUUGAGGUGUGUACACACUGUUCUCCAGUCAGGGAGUACGUGCGUCUGUUUGACGUGACGGAACGAACUUCACUGCACCGUCACGGCACGGGUCGCAGGUGCUCCCAUUGUGGCAAGGAGCUCAGGGACACCAUCGUGCACUUUGGAGAGCGAGGAACUCUGGAAACUCCUCUCAACUGGAAAGCAGCUGCAGAGGCAGCCAAGAUGGCAGACGUUAUCCUUUGCUUAGGAUCCAGUUUGAAGGUGUUGAAAAAGUACGCUUGUUUGUGGUGCAUGAACAGACCAGCAGACAAAAGACCAAAACUGUACAUCAUUAACCUCCAGUGGACACCAAAAGAUGAUCUGGCCGUGCUGAAGAUUCAUGCUAAGUGUGAUGAUGUAAUGAAUCUCCUAAUGAAAGAACUUCAUAUUCACAUCCCAGUUUAUGUCAGGGUGGACGACCCCAUCUUCAGCUUGGCCACGCCCCUUCACCCCGACGAGCAGCACAGUCACACGCGUGCGCUCAUCGCUCGUCAUGAUGUCAUCGAUGACAUCAUCGACCCCUUCAGUGACCUGCAGCAGCCGUCAGAAAGCCAGCAGGUUUGUGGCGGCUGGUUUGGACGAGGUUACGGCAAAGGAAGGAAAAAGAAAAAAACUGCGUGAAGAUAAAACAUGAAGAUUAAUUAUCCUUCAAGCUGAGGUGCUCGUGUCUUCUCGUUUACCAUGUGAAGAAAUAUUAUACUUCCUGAUUUUCUAACUUUUCAUAAAGCAAACAAAACGUUUUGUUUGAGUGAUCACAAAGUUUAUAGACGCUCAUCAUGAAUAUCAUAUUCAUUAUUAUAAUAUAUUUCAUAUCCAAAGAAGUUUACACUCUUUAUAAAUGUUUGUUGUAACAACAUCUAAACACGUUUACAAACACUCUCCAUGAAUAUUCAUUUUCAUAACAUAUUUAACAACUUUGUAAACAAGUUCACUAUGUAGACGCUUCAUAUUUAAUAACAUAUUCUACACAAAUUUACAUACUUCAUGACUAUUCAUUUUCAUAACAUUUGAUAUCUUCUACACAAAUUAAUGUACACCUCAUUGAAAUGAUACUCGUUUUCAUAGCAUUCUAAACACGUUUAUGUACACUACUGUCAUUUUCACAACAUUUAGUAUCUUUUACACAAUCAUGACUAUCCUAUUAAUUUGCAUAACACAUUCAUUAAUGACGUCUACGCAAUUUUGCGAGUGUAUGAUGUUCAUUUUCAUAACAUUCAAUCAUGACACCAACACGUUGACUAACACACAAUAUCCUUUUUCAUAACAUUCAAUCGUAACAUCUACACAAGUUUAUUAACUGUUAUAAUAAGCUCAGUUAUUUAUGCAUACUGCAUACACCACUAAUAUUUGGUUGAAUAUGAGUGAUGUUUUUCUGAAAAUCAUUGUGAUUAUUUUAUGAAAAUGAAUAUGAUCACGUCAUACAAUGUCACAAUGGUUAAAAUAACUCAUUAAUAUUCCAUAUACAGUACAAAACCCAAAACCAGUGAAGUUGGCACGUUGUGUAAAUCGUAAAUAAAAACAGAAUACAAUGAUUUGUAAAUCCUUUUCAACUUACCGGUAUAUUCAAUUGAAUGGACUGCAAAGACAAGAUAUUUAAUAUUCGAACUGAGAAACGUAAUUUGUUUUUGCGAAUAAUCAUUAACUUAGAAUUUCGUGGCAGCAACACAUUGCAAAAUAGUUGGCACAGAGGCAUUUUUUACCAGUGUGUUACAUGGCCUUUCCUUUUAACAACACUCAGUAAACGUUUGGGAACUGACGAGACCAAUUUUUUAAGCUUUUCAGGUGGAAUUCUUUCCCAUUCUUGCUUGAUGUACAUCUUAAGUUGUUCCGCUGUGGUGUUUUAGGCUUCAUAGUGCGCAACAAAUUUUCAAUGGGAGAUAGGUCUGGACUACUGGCAGGCCAGUCUAGUACCCGCAUUCUUUUACUAUGAAGCCACGCUGUUGUAACACGUUGCUUGGCAUUGGCUUGCUGAAAUAAGCAGGGAUGGCUUGGAUGGCAACAUAUGUUGCUCCUAAACCUGUAUGUACCUUUCAGCAUUAAUGGUGCCUUCACAGAUGUGUAAGUUAUCCAUGCCUUGGGCACUAAUACACCCCUUUUGAACUUUGUGCCUGUAACAAUCCGGAUGGUUCUUUUCCUCUUUGUUCUGGAGGACACGACGUCCACAGUUUCCAAAAACAAUUUGAAAUGUGGACUCGUCGGACCACAGAACACUUUUCCACUUUGCAUCUGUCCAUCUUAGGUGAACUCGGGCCCAGCGAAGCCGGUGGCGUUUUUGGGUGUUGUUGAUAAAUGACUUUUGCUUUGCAUACUGGUACUAGAGUUUUAACUUGCACUUACAGAUGUAUCGACAAACUGUAGUUACUGACAGUGGUUUUCUGAAGUGUUCCUGAGCCCAUGUGGUGAUAUCCUUUACACACGGAUGUCCCUUUUUGAUGCAGUACCACCUGAGGGAUCGAAUGUCUGUAAUAUCAUCGCUUACAUGCAGUGAUUUCUCCAGAUUCUCUGAACCUUUUGAUGAUAUUACAGACCGCAGAUGGUGAAAUCCCUAAUUUCCUUGCAAUAGCUCGUUGAGAAAUGUUGUUCUUAAACUGUUCUACAAUUUGCUCACGCAUUUGUUGACAAAGUGGUGACCCUCGCCCCAUCCUUGUUUGUGAAUGACUGAGCAUUUCAUAGAAGCUGAUUUUAUACCCAAUCAUGGCACCCAACUGUUCACAAUUAGCCUGUUCACCUGUGGGAUGUUCCAAAUAAGUGUUUGAUGAGCAUUCCUCAACGUUCUCAGUCUUUUUUGCCACUUGUGCCAGCUUUUUUGAAACAUGUUGCAAAAAAUAAAGGUUUUCAGUUCGAACGUUAAGUAUCUUGUGCUUGCAGUCUAUUCAAUUGAAUAUAAGUUGAAAAGGAUUUGCAAAUCAUUGUAUUAUGUUUUUAUUUAUGAUUUACACAACAUGCUAACUUCACUGGUUUUGGGGUUUGUAUGAUAUUUAUAAACCACACCAUCAUUUUAAAUAUCACUUUUUCCUCAGUAAAUGUCCAAGCAAUGAAUGCUUUCACUUUCCUUUUUACUUACGUUUACAAGUGCUUCAGUCAGUGCCAGGGGGCUUUGACAUAAUCGUGUUCUACUGUAAUUGGCAGCUCCAUCUUCUUUUGGAUGUUUUUUUGUAAUAUUUGUUGUGGUAGAAGUUCUACUUUGAUCAUGUAGUACGACAGUACACUAUAUAGUAAUCCAGUACAUAUUACUUCCUGUACUCUCAUAUGAAUGCCAACUUCUUUACUCUGUCGCUGAGAUGUUUGCUGUACUGUUUAUUUUGUAAUAAACACGUGUUUAUUCAUAAUAAACACGUGUUUGUUCGUACUGAAACGUUUACAUUUGAUUUCUAAUAACAAUUGUUUUUGCUUACAGAAUGUUUACCGAUGUCCAAAUGUCAAAUACUGUGUCUCAGGAAGGUAACAGCAUUGUGCACGUGUCAAAGGUCAUAAGGGGCCAAAGUAAGCAUAAGGUGCUGCUAUUAUUUUUUGUAUUUGUGUACAGUAUUAUUAGUAAACAUAUUUGCUAAAAUCAUUCUGCUUCACAAUAAAGAAAUGAUAAAAAAGACUUUAAUGUAUUCACAAAGUUGAUAUUGUUUGUCAUCAACAGUACCUCCAAUUAUGACAGUAUACAUCUUCAUGUACAUCAUUUAUCCAUACAAAUGGUAAGAUGUCCUCUGUGGUGGACAUGAGGACUCACUACUAUACUACUUUUUUAUACGCAGAAAUGUGUCUAGCCAAAGUUAUAGUUGAUAGUAUGAUGAAAUGUGCUGUGAAAUGCAGAAAAAACAAGAAAAGUUUAAAUUCAAGAGACUUUUCAAUGUUGUGUUCUCAUGUCAACAGUUAUACGAUGUUAAAAGUGGAAUAUAUUGUAAGUGGCAGAAAAGUUGAGCUAUAAACUUCUGUAUAUUGUAAAUAGUUUUUUCAUUUUCAUGUCAAAUACAGUAAAAACAAGUCCAUUGCAGAGGACAUUGCAUACAAAAGACACCAUUACAUACAGUCGCGAUCAAAAGUUUACAUACACUUGUAAAGAACAUAAUGUCAUGG